ACUUGCUUCUCCAGAACUGGCCACCAAACCCCACUAAUAUUGCACUCUCUCUUCUCCUUCUUCUUCUUGUUCUUCAUCUUCAUCUUCUUCUUCUUGUGGCAGAGACCUGAAUGAGUUCAAUAAGCAGAGCUCCUUCCUUGAGCGAGGUUGCUGAUGAGGAGAGUGGUUGGACUACGUACUUUGAGGACUUCUUUAACGGUGACAGGUCCUAUAUAUCUUCUGGUGUAGUUGCUUCUUCCUCUCUACUUUCUGAUGCUGCUUCUUUGGCUGCCACGAAUAAUAAAUUAGGAGGCGAUGAAGAGUUUUCUGGGAUUAAAAAUGGCAAAAAGAGAUUGAGUUUUAAAAAGAGGAAGAAGGACAGAGCAACUAUGGUUGAUGAUGCCUUGGAAGAUACUGCAAGUUCUCCCCUCAACAGUCCCAAGGUUUUACAUGAGAACCGGUCAGACAAACCAAAACGAAUGGAAGACAUACGCCUCUCCGAGGAGAAAAGGAGUAUCUCAGGAGAGGGAGAGGCGAAGAAGGAAAUGGGUUUCAUGGGAAGGGAAAGUGACUACACAGAACUGAAGAAGAGAGGCCUUUGUUUGGUUCCUUUGUCUGUGGUUGUCAAUUAUUUUCGUUGAUUUCACUUUUGCAUCUUUCAUAUUUGUUCUUCACUCAUGCGCUCUCUCUAUGAACAUAAUCACUCUAAUCAAACCAUUUUGUAUAUAAUCAUGAAUUGAUAAUUAAUGCAAUCAACUUGUAUUCAUGAUCA